UACAACAGAAGACUGAAUAGAGAAAAUAUUGUGGCGCCAGGAGCAAAGGAUUUUCCGCACCAUGUGCUCUCCCACACAAUGGAGGUUUUGCCUUUUAACCCUUUAGCCCCUCCCAAAAUUCUGUCCAUUGAACCCUUCUACACUGUCCAGUGGUGGAGUUUACUUCCUCAAAUCUUGAUUGGAGGUCAGAUGUCACUGUAGUGACAAGGCGACCCUCCCAAAUAUCCCAACCCUGGCUGUCCCUUGAUAACAACUGCGGGGGUAAAAAAAUUUUUCUUAACCUCUAUACAUGGUAUUUGUCUGUUAAUUGUGAGAGUCAAUCAUUGUGGCUUUCGCAUUCUCUGAAUGGAGAGACAUAAUUCUCUCUGAAGGUUUCUUUUCCUGGAGAAGCAUAGAGAAAAGCAAGAAAAAAAUUCUUAUCUCUAUCAUGUGGAAAGUGUUACGAAGAUUAUUUACCUGAAGUGAUUUGUCAGUUGGAUUCUGCUGAGGAUUGUUUUGUUUCCUUGGCCAAUUGGAAAAAGCUUUGUCCUGGCUGUCUGGAGACAGUCACAAGUUUUCUUUAGUAUUUUUUAGUAUUCUUUGUAGUAUAGUAUGCUUCUUUAAUAUAGUGUAGUACAAUGUAAUAUAAUAUAGUUUAAUAAAGCAACUGUUCAGCCUUGUGAAUCAAUGGAGUCAGCUGCCAAUCAUUCCCUGCAAUGGGGCAUCCUGCUUUUUGAUAAAUCAUCACAUUACUCAUCUCUCACACUGCUGCUCCUCCCCAGUUGCUUUGCUCUCCUGCACUCACACUUCUCUCUGCCAAUCUGUGGCUUAUUAAACAGUCUGCUGGCUUUGUCUCUCCUGUGGCUGCAGGCAGCGUCGAUUCCUGCGGACACAGAGAAAGCUGUGGCUGGAAAAAUUAAUGGAGGGGAAAGAAACAGGGAAGGAGAAGGGUUCUUGUGAAGAUCACACUGCCCUCCUGAGGCUCCUGGGGGAGAAGGCAAAGUUGCACCAAGACCCCAUGCUGUUCUCUGAUGACAUUUUUUUAAUUGAGCCAAUGGAGGGAGAAAUUGGGCCGAUUUGUUUGGCCAAAUUCAAGGUGACCUUCAAACCCCUGGAAGCACUGCAGAAUGGAAGUGUGGCUUACUGCAGCAUCUCAGGUGAAACUGAUUAACCUAGGAGCUAUUGAUGCUCCCUUCACCUAUAGCCCUUUAACUGCAAACAUGGGCUUCUGCUUCAAGUUUGCGCCCAAGGAGGACAUCGUUGCACCAGGUGGGACCCAGACUGCUCAGAUCUCCUUCAGUGCCACCACAGUGUGGAGGUUUGAGGAAGAAAUCCAGUUCAGUGUGGCUGGAUCUCCUAUGUCUGCAAUCCUGACUAUCAAGAUGGACAAAUAAGGAGUAAAUAAAAACCCACGGAAUGUGACAUAGAUGAAGACUUCCAGGAGCCCAGUUAUGAGGUGCAGAGGUUCAGGGACAUCACACCAUGACCAGUAUGAUCCAGUGAAGCCAAAUUUUUUAUCCCUAAAAAGACUAGAUUUAUAAUAAGUUUCUACUGCCCACGCGUCUCUAGCUAAUACAUGAUUGGUUAAUCCUAGCUGUUUACACAUCUAAAUUAAAAUGCUGAUUGGAUCAUCUAAUUUUUCGUGCAUCUUGCUGUGGUCUGGCCCACCCACUGCUUUCUCUUUUUUCUCACUCUCCCAAGCUUGCUGACAAACUUGCUGAGUCCUGAGGACUCUUCUUCUUGUAUCUUUCUCAAGGAUAUACUGACCCCAUUUCUUAAUAUGUCCAUUAUCCAUCGUUUGUGAAUAUGUUCAUUGUCCACUAGUACAAGCAGGCUGGAUUGUGCAUCGGCUGAAUAUGGCCAUU